UGUGGAGAACGGUCACUCUGCGCUGCUGUCAGAAAGUCGACCGAACGACGAAAACUUUAAUAUUUACGAAAAUUGCAAUUAUAUUUGCAUUCUGAAGCGAUGUCUGCGCUCUUUCGUGUAACCAGCCGUGCCGUGGCGCUUCAGCGCUCCCUGGUGGCCAACCAGGCGGCAGCAUUACGGGCAUGCCGCAGCAUAAAGACGUCGCCAAAGAAGGACGAGACAAUCGCAGCCCCCGCCAGCGUAACAACAGAAGACUUUGCCAAUCCCAGCCCCAAGAACUGGAUGAGCUACGGCUUCGACUAUAAGGAGGAGGCGGAGGAUCGCAAGGCGACGAAAGCCACCUUCUUCGUUACCGUCACCCUGUGCCUGGUGUGGGGAACCUUCUACUGGUCCUACUCACCCGACAGUCAGAUGCGCAACUGGGCCCAGCGCGAGGGCUUCUUGGAGCUGCGCCGUCGCGAGCAGGCUGGCGUGGAUUUGGUGAGCCCCGACUACGUGGACCCCGCAAGCAUUUCGCUGCCAUCGGACGAGGAUCUCGCCAACACGGAAAUUAUCAUCUAAACAAUUAGUGCUCUAUCCCUUAGUUUGUUAUGUAAUGAGUGCAGCUGGUGGCCACUGCCGAGCCGCGCGUUCUGCUCGUUAAUAAAAAUGCACCUUCCGGCGCGAACGAAGCUAGCAAUGA